CCCCCAUUCUCAGUUCUUGCCCCCAUUCUCCGCGCGGCGACUGCCUUGCGCUUCGAAACAUAUCGUGUCUGGGCAGCUCGAGCUCUUGAAAUGACAUGGUCACCAUCCCUCGUGGAUUUGGUCCCCGAGCAGAAGGAAAAUGCGGCGGAUGUCAUUUUCCUCGCACGUUCAUGUGAUGUCAAUAGUGGUGUGAAGCGUGCUUUGUACGAACUUGCCAGGACCCGGCUGAUCGGUCUGCAUGGUAAUGAUGUUCUUGAGCAGCCGGGGCUCGAGCACAUCGGUCCCGCAGACCGAAGGUGCGUGGAGCUCAUGAGAGAGCUUUUAGUCACCACCUGGUCAGAGGUCGCUGUGCGAAUUGGCACAUCUUCCUGCCAGGAGGAUCAUGCGCGAAAAUUUAAUACAUCUUCCCCCUGGCCCAGAAAAAAGAAGCCACCGCGAGAGACAUGUACACUCAAGACUGGCACCCCAGAAACUACCUGGAACGAACGUGUCCAUGAUUCUGGGCUGUACACAAAGUUCCUGUUCGAUCCAGUGUGUGGUGCUCAGGCAUUGAUCAACAUUCCGUGGGAGGAGGAAGGUUGGUGCUCGGAUUGUAUCCAGUCGAGACGAGCUACCUGGAGAAAUGUACGACAAAACCUCUGGAGUGACAUAAACAAGUGGGUCCCUGGCAAUGAGUGAUUCUGGAGCAAGAUGAUUUUACACCAUUGCGAGAAGACAAGUGUAUGCAUUGAUGAUUGUAAUACGUGCAAAUAAUUAGCACGUGACGUAACACGCUC